AUGUCUUCCGUAACGCACUCGCGUAGCGCGCAAGCCGCACACAUGACAACGACUACCUUGAGAACGUUGGGUAUGACAUGUGGUGCAUGUACAAGUGCCGUCGAGUCGGCUUUCGAAGGGGUGGACGGCGUUGGUACGGUCUCAGUCAGUUUAGCUCUGGAGCGGACUGUCGUGACGCACGAUGCGCAAAAGAUUGGUGUCGAGGCAAUACGAGAGAUGAUCGAUGACAGAGGGUUCGACGCAGAGGUCAUCAGCUCGGACCGGCCAGACUCGCCUGUGUUUGACCCGCGGAUCGAGGACGAUGCGCUAAAUGAGCAGCCGAGUUCAACUACCACGAUACAUGUUGGCGGGAUGACCUGCGGCGCUUGUACUUCGAGCGUGGAGGGAGCAUUUAAAGAUGUGGAAGGAGUGCAGAGUUUCAGUAUAUCGCUGCUGUCGGAAAGGGCGGUGAUUGGACAUACCAAGGACAUCACACCGGCUCAAUUGGCAGAGAUUAUUGAGGAUACUGGGUUUGAUGCGGAGGUGCUGGAGACCAAGGCAGCGGAGCCUGCGACCUCGUUGCAACACCAAGCGUCAAAAGAGCACCAGAAGCGACUCAUGACCACCACUGUAGCCGUCUCGGGGAUGACCUGCAGCAGCUGUACCGGAUCUUUGGAAGAAGGCUUCCGGGAGGUACAAGGUGUUGUUCAAUUCGACGUUAGCUUGCUGGCUGAGAGGGCUGUCAUUGUUCAUCGUCCAGACGAGCUCUCCACCGCUGCUAUCGUGGAAACGAUUGAAGACCGAGGUUUUGAUGCGACCAUAGUAUCAAGCAUCGAGGAAGGAGUCCAAACUUCCAACUCCAAUGCAAGCGUGCAACUCAGAAUUUACGGGCUGCCUAGUCCAGAGUCUGCGGCCGACUUACAGCAAAGUCUGAGGAACACACCUGGAAUCACCGAAGCACGAAUCGACUUCAUAACUACUCGAGCCACCGUUAUCCACAAGCCUGCUCAGAUUGGGCUGCGAACUGUCGUGGAGACCAUCGAGAAAGCUGGGUACAAUGCACUGGUAGCAGAAUCGGAAGACAACAACGCACAACUGGAGUCGCUGGCGAAGACCAAAGAGAUUCAGGAGUGGUCGCGUGCGUUCAAGACGUCUCUGACAUUUGCGAUACCGGUCUUCCUCAUCAGCAUGUUCCUCCCGAUGUUUGUGCCGUUCCUCGAUGUUGGAAGCAUUAAGCUCCCCAUCAUACCUGGAGUGUGGCUAGGCGACGUGGUGUGCCUGCUGCUUACUAUUCCAGUUCAAUUCGGUAUCGGCAAGCGGUUUUACCGGUCUGCCUUCAAAUCCAUACGGCACGGCUCGCCUACCAUGGACGUUCUGGUCGUGCUGGGAACCUCUGCUGCAUUCUUCUUUAGCUGUGCCGCAAUGAUCGUGAGUAUUGUUACGCCACCGCAUUCAAGACCAGCUACGACGUUUGACACGAGCACUAUGUUGAUCACUUUUAUCACUCUUGGCCGCUUUCUGGAGAACCGGGCCAAGGGGCAGACAUCGAGAGCAUUGUCGAGGCUCAUGAGCCUGGCACCCUCGUCAGCAACCAUUUAUGCCGACCCUAUCGCUGCCGCAAAAGCUGCUGAAGGGUGGGCCGCCCCGAGCAAGGGUGGUGAGAAGGACACUUCCGGACCUGGCAUCGAUGAGAAGACAGUACCCACGGAGCUGAUCGAAGUAGGCGACAUUGUCAUCUUGAAGCCCGGCGACAAGAUACCUGCAGAUGGUCUGGUCACUUCUGGCGAGAGCUAUGUCGACGAGAGCAUGGUCACGGGCGAAGCUAUGCCCAUACUCAAGAAGAAGGGCUCAGCACUCAUGGCUGGCACCGUCAACGGAGCAGGACGUCUGGAUUUCAAGGUCACGAGAGCUGGCCGUGACACCCAGCUGAGCCAGAUUGUCCGGCUUGUGCAGGAAGCGCAGACCAGCAGAGCGCCGAUUCAACGAAUGGCUGACAUUGUCGCCGGGUACUUUGUGCCCAUCAUCAUCACGCUCGGCCUCUCUACCUUCGUUGGCUGGAUGCUUCUGAGCCACGUCUUGCCCACGCCACCGCAGGUGUUCCUCAGCGACUCCAGUGGCGGUCGCCUGAUGGUCUGUGUCAAACUCUGCAUUGCUGUCAUCGUUUUCGCAUGCCCCUGCGCGCUCGGUCUGGCAACUCCGACUGCAGUCAUGGUCGGUACCGGUGUUGGCGCUGAGCAGGGCAUUCUUGUCAAGGGUGGCGCUGCGCUAGAAACGGCUACGAAGAUCUCACACAUUGUGCUCGACAAGACCGGCACCCUUACGAUGGGCAAGAUGAGCGUCAGCGGUGCUGAGCUGGAGAAGAAGUGGAACGCCAGCACUGAGCAGCGGCAUUUGUGGUGGACCAUCAUCGGGCUUGCGGAGGGUGGGAGCGAGCAUCCUAUCGCCAGAGCAGUGUUGAUGGGCGCUAAAGAGCGCCUUGGUCUCUCGGCGAACACAGCACUUGAAGGCGUUGCCGGCGAUUUCCAGGCCACUGUUGGAAAGGGUAUUGCCGCCUCCGUUGAGCCUGCUUCGGCAACAGGUGGAAGGCGAUAUGAGGUCGUCCUUGGAAACGCCUCGUUCCUGCGAAGCAGUGGUGUCAGCGUGCCUGUCUCUCCCGAGGAAGAGUACGAUGAGAUCGACACCCCCCGGCGUCAAUCGAUCAAUGUCGAGGGCUCGUCCUCCAAGCUUGCCCAGAGCGCCGGCAUUACCACCAUCCACGCUGCCAUCGACGGCGAAUACGCCGGCUCAGUUGGCCUCUCAGACACCCUCAAACCCUCCGCUCGCGCCUGCAUCCUCGCUCUCCACCGGAUGAACAUCUCAACCUCCCUCGUAACCGGCGACCAAGCAGCGACAGCCCAACACGUCGCCUCACUCGUCGGUAUCCCGCCCGAAUACGUCCACGCCAGCGUCCUGCCGAGCGGCAAACAAGCCAUCAUCGAAGAUCUGCAGAAAUCCGGCCAGAUCAUCGGCAUGGUUGGUGACGGCAUCAACGACUCUCCUGCGCUCGCCACAGCGAAUGUCGGGAUAUCACUCGCGAGCGGCACGGACGUGGCGAUGGAGGCAGCGGAUAUCGUGCUCAUGAAGCCCAAUCAGCUGAUGGAUAUUCCUGCGUCGCUGAACCUCAGCAAAACGAUCUUCAGACGGAUCAAGAUCAACCUUCUACUGUCAUGCGUCUACAACGCUGUUGGCCUCCCGAUCGCAAUGGGGUUCCUGCUACCGUGGGGGAUCCAGCUACCUCCCCUCGCUGCUGGGGCUGCUAUGGCGUGUUCGAGCGUGACGGUCGUUGUCUCUUCACUGUUGCUGAAGCUCUGGCAUCGGCCGCAAUGGAUGUUGGAAGGUGACGUGACGUGGGAAGGUCGCUCGGAGCAUCCUUCUGGGCCGUGGAGCAUCGUAGGUGCAGUAAGAGAUCUUGUCACCGGGAGGAGGAGAAAGCAGGCGGAGGGUGAUAGGGGUGCAUACGUGCAGCUGGACAGCUUUGAGGCUGUUUAA